AUGGCGGGUCCUUCGGACAAACGCCGACGGAUGAUCCCGUGGCUGUAUGACCUGGUCCUGUGGCUUUUCACGCUCGCUCUGGACCUCUUCUUCCGCGAGAUCUACCCUCGCGGUGCCUGGCGAAUCCCGGAAAAAAGCCCUGUUUUGAUUGUGGCUGCCCCUCACGCCAAUCAAUUCGUUGAUUCGGCGAUUUUGAUGCACCUACUCAAAUCCCAGGCAAAGCGUCGCGUUUCUUUCCUGAUUGCGCAGAAGUCGAUGAACGAGCCUUAUAUCGGAACCCUCGCAUCGUUUAUGGGUGCCCUUCCGGUUGUCCGCUCCAUGGAUUUGGCUAAACCUGGCAAAGGCACAAUCGCCUUAGCGGAGCCGGACAGCGAUCCAACUUUGAUCAUUGGAAUUGAUACCGAUUUCACUCAACCCGAGUAUAUGCCUGGCGGACAACUCACCGUCAAAGGACCUGAAGGACCCCAAACAGCAUCGAUUGAUGAGGUUCUGGGGCCAAAUUCGCUUCGACUCAAAAAGGCUUUCACCUCCCCCCCUACCAGUGAAAAAGGCGGCAAGGGUGUGACGUUCAAGCUCGCCCCUCAUGUGGACCAAAGUCGGAUGUUCGAUGCAGUCUACAAAGAGCUUCACCAGGGUGGCUGUAUAGGUAUCUUCCCUGAAGGUGGUAGUCACGACCGUUCCAACCUGCUGCCUUUAAAGGCGGGCGCCGCCCUGAUGUCACUCGGUGCGUUGGCUCAGGAUCCGAGUUGUGGUUUAUCUAUUGUGCCUUGCGGCAUGAAUUAUUUCCAUGCACACAAGUUUCGUUCAAGAGGUGUCAUUGAAUUCGGCCGACCCAUCCACGUGCACCCAGAUCAAAUUGAGGCUUUCAAAGCCGGAGGCACUAGCAAGCGCAAUGCCGUGGGCUCUCUGCUUGAAACGAUUUACGAAGGCCUUGAAGCUGUCACUCAAAUCAGUCCCGACCACGAAACUUUAAUCUUGGUUCAGUCUACUCGAAAACUUUACAAUCCAAUCAGCAAGAAAAUUCCACUUCCCCUGGUCAUUGAAUUUAACCGACGAUUGCUCAAGGGCUACGAGAAGUAUCAUGAUGACCCCCGGAUUCAGGGCCUCCGCAAAUCUGUCAAGGAUUACAAUCGGCGCCUGGAGUCGCUUGGAGUCAAGGACCAUCAGGUUGAGUGGGGCAAUGUGGAAGAGAAGCCCUGGUGGCUCACCUUUAUCACUCUCAUCUAUCGCCUAUGCAAACUUCUUGUCUUGAGUUUCGGAGUCCUUCCCGGUGUUUUGCUAUUCUGGCCUGUGUUCGUGACAACAAAAGUCAUUUCGGAGAAAAAGAGACGAAAAGCACUUGCUGCCUCUGUCGUCAAGCUGCAAGGGCGGGAUGUUGUCGGAACUUGGAAGAUCCUUGUCGCUAUGGGACUGGCGCCCACUCUUUACGCUUAUUACACCAUUAUCGUUACAGUCUGGCUCCGGUACAAUCGACUAGACGGCUACUAUACGCAAUCAGCGCCAUGGUGGAUGGUAGCAAGAACAUACAUCCCUGACUUCAUCCCGCUGUGGGCAUUCGCAGUCGGUUUCUUUACACACAUGAUUUUUGUCAGUUUUGCAGCGCUCCGAUUUGGAGAAAUUGGGAUGGAUAUCAUCAAAUCCCUCAUGCCACUUCUCGUGGCCCUUGACCCACUGGCUUCUUCGUCGCUUUCAGAUUUGAGAAAUCAUCGAGAAGCACUUUCAGAGCAAGUGACACAGACUAUCAAUGAUCUCGGAUUUGGAAUUCUUCCAGAUGUUGAUGCCGAGAUCCCCACCGAUCCCUACAAAGCAGAUGCUUAUCAAUCUUUCCUUAAGAGUAUGCCGCCUAGCGAGGCGACGAGUCGGGAGCGCAGCCGAAGCAGGUCAACCGGUCCCGCUGCUGCGCCUAUUAUGAAGGGACUGAGCACCAUAACUUCAGACGGUGAUUUGGAAGAGAUCGACCGAAAGAUUCAUACCAUUAGGAACCGAGGAAGGCGUUCGAAUACGCUGAGCGGAUACGAGACCGGCGAGUCCAUUUUGAAGUACAAGCCUCGGUCUAGGGAGAACUCGGAUUUGAAAAAGAAGAAGUAA